AUGGACGAAUCGCCUGUGAACGGCGCAGAUCGCAGUUCCACGUCGAAGCCUUCCGGGAGAAAGAAUUGCGAUCAGGACGCGACCAACGUCAGUCCAGAAGAAGUACCACCCAAAAAGCUGGGAAACAGAAUCAGCCGCCUGUUGAAACGCCGAAGCGGGACUGCCACCACCAAGUCAGAAGAAGAGAAAGCGACUAACGAGACCAACCAAAAACGACGCCAGCAAGUCUACCAAGCUCAGAAACGCCAUCGAAACCGACAAGCAGAGUAUGUCGCCAAUCUGGAGACCGAGGUUGCCCAGCUGCAACACCUGGACUCCGUUGCACAUGCCGAGAUGAACGCUCUGGCACACGAGAACAUGCUGAUGCAACAAUUGCUGGCGUCCAAAUCAAUCGAUCAUCAGCUGGAGUGCCUAAGCUUAGCACCAACGCCAAUACCUGCGGAGGACAUGAGCCAACUGGGAAGCGCCGCGGUUGAAGUUCGUUACGAUCCUGUUGUUGGUCAUGAGCGUACUUUUGUUGAUGUGGCUGAUCGAAUGAGAUUCGGGAAUGGUGAUGACGCUUGCAACUCAGGGCAGUCGACGAAGCAGGGGGUUGUUGAUGGAGACAAUUGGGCUGCGCUGGACUUCAUUCUGUGUCUCGAGCACUGUUGUCAGGACCAUACGCCACAUGGCGGCAUCAAUCCAACGGCAUACCAUUGUGAGAGAGAUGGCAGCCAUGGACACGCAUUGUCGAUGUCAUCCGCCGUAUAUGAGAGCGCGUUACCAACAAGUGACCGUGCCGAUCUCGAAGAUGCGCAGCUGUAUGGUGGGUUACGUUCGCCGCCGCAAAGCGGUCGUGAGAAGUGGCAGCUGCCGCAUUCUGAGAUUGAUAAACUUGUGGCAUUAAGUCAGCAGAUUCCUAUAGACGACAGCGAGAUGACGCCGGCACAAGCUUAUAAGGCCAUCCAAGAAAGCGUGCCUGAUGCUGCGUAUGUCAAGCCGGUGAUGGAGGCUUUGAAGGUUCUGCUAGCUCCGCAUGUGGCCUGUUUUGGGUUUGGUGCGGUCAUGCCGGCGGCUGCUUUCUGGGAUCAUCUUGAUACUGUGUUGAAGGCUCUUGGUCUGGAGGCGGAGAAUUUGUGA